AUGGGGCUCAUACUUGGUUCUAAGGGGUUCAUCUACAGCUUCUAUGGAGGUCUGGUAGUAAACGGGUUAUUGUGCCUAUUGCUGAUAUCGAAACUUUGGAACACUACAGAACUCCGCAUGAAUGCACCGUUCAGGGGAUCUCGACCGUUGGAUCCCACUUAUUUACCAAUAGAUAUCCACAACGCCUCAGCUGUAUUUAACGAGGUUUACGACGCUUUGAAACAGAAGAAUUCGGUGUUGCAUCCAAGCGGAGUCAGUUUGUUUUCAGCCUAUGUUCCCAAGGGCACUCGACUCUAUCACUCUAAUCGAAACGGACAAAUCCCUGAUCAGUUUGAAUGGGUAGCCAUGGACGAAGAGUUCAGCUAUAGUUUUAUCCAUUUUGGCAAGAAUACGAACAAACACCCCAGAAAUGACUCACAUUCACAUCCACCUCCUGCGUCUGGGGGGCUACAUCCUCCUUCUUGGGGUACGGGGCCGCCAACUCUAAUGACAUUUGAAACGACAGCGCCUUUGAAUAAUCUCCUGUAUUUAGGAGGAGCAUCUGCUGCCAAGCAAAGUCAGGGUGGUGAAAUGGACACCCAAAUUUUACUAGCUCAACUCCAAAAUGCUACCAAUUAUAGUGAGUGGGAAGGUUCCAACUUAAUCUGCAAGUGGGGAAACUCCAAUGGUCGAAGGUUAGACGGGAUAAUACGAGUGGAGAUCGGAUUUGAAAUCAUAAUAUGUGACUUUCAUAGGGAUAUGAAACUUGUCAGUAACAUAACCCUGGCAGAGGUGUCAGAUUUGAUUCAUUUCAAGGAUGACGAGCUAGAAGAGGUGAUGUCAAACCAGUUCAGUGCCCUUGCUUCUUAUGACCAGAUCGAAGCUGGGGGCUUCCAUCAUGACGGAGAACGGAGAAUUUUACUAGACCAGUCCAAGUAUAUCAGUUUCCUGAACAAAUCUUGGAUAGAUCCUGAUACCUACACCAGAAGGGUGGCCGAUCUUCCGAUCGAAACUAGGAACGAGUGGUUAGGUAAAGUGGAUCAGUUAUUACGAACCAAAUCUACCCCAUAUCAAUCAACGAAUUGGCAACUAAUAUCAGAAGGCAUAGUGAAAAAGUUUACUCCAAUUCUGAAGACAAUGGAGCUUGCUCACAGUGUGUACCAAAAAGAUGGCGAUGUGAAUGUCUUAUCUUUAAAGCUUAUGAGACUAGCUUUCAAUAUUGUUCGACGAUAUGUGGAUGCUGAAGACGUUCCAUCUGAAAGCUGGAAAUCAAGUAUAGAGACAGCUAUCAAUGACUACAUAUAUCCCCUGAAGCCACUUCAAACAGAAGCAGACCUGUUGAUAUAUAGCUCCAUGUACACGAUCCAAGAGCAGCUUCUAAGAUUGUGUUUUGAUACCUUCAAGGUUUCGAGGCAAUACAUUGAAACGUUUGAAGACCUUUCCAAGGAGUGGGAAGAACUGGGCCAACGAACUAACGAAUUGAUAUCCACUUUACAAUGGGCGUCUUUUUUCAAGUGUAAAGACGUCUGCAAUUGGGAUCAACUGUGUUAUGUUCCGUCUUGGGGCCCAUCACCGCUUGGCUUCUCUUUCCGCAACAAACUCGGGGUAACCAUGGGCGAAGAUGGUGUUGCAAGGAUUGACGAUGAUUUCAUCUGCAUAGAUUACGAGACCAUCCUCAACUUCAAUCAAUUUUAG